CGCAGGUUCCCCGUCCUUCCAUGAAAGUAACUCCGAGGUCAACACGGCCCUUGAUCCGUUCUUUUGGUCGGAGUCCCAGAUCAACGAUCAGCGACGAAAGGAGCAAAACGAAACCCAAAAAUCUCCGUACUAGCCAGAAUCGAGGGAUCCUUCCGAAACCUAAGUUCCUCAAUCCCCGAUCCAAUUCCAUCCCAUCAUCUUUCGAUCGUGGAUCUGCUCCCGAUCGGUGGUUUUUCCGAAUCGAUUCGAAGAAGAAGAGUAAGAAGAAGAAGCAGGGGAGGAAUCGCGGGCGAUGGAGAAGGUGAUGAGCAUGAUAAAGCCCAAGCCAAACCCUCAGCAGCAGCUGCGGGACUGGCAGCGUCGCCUCCGCCAGGAGUGCCGCAACAUCGAACGCCAAAUCCGAGAUAUUGAGAGGGAGGAGAAGAACGUGCAGAAGGCGAUCAAGGAAGCCGCUAAGAGAAAUGACAUGGGCUCAGCUAAGGCACUUGCUAAGGAAAUUGUGAUGUCCAAAAAAACAGUGAACCGUCUUUAUGAAAAUAAGGCACAACUGAACUCAAUAUCGAUGCACCUUGGAGAAAGUGUCGCAAUUGCUCGGACGGUGGGGCACUUGUCUAAGAGUUCUGAGGUUAUGAAGCUUGUUAAUGACCUUAUGAAAGCUCCUGAAAUGGCUGUUACGAUGAGAGACUUCAGCAAAGAAAUGACCAAGGCUGGUGUGAUAGAAGAAUUUGUGAAUGAUGCGGUUGACACGGCUCUCGACACGGAGGACAUGGAAGAGGAGAUAGACGAAGAGGUUGAUAAGGUCUUGACAGCCAUAGCCGGUGAGACAGCUGCUCAACUUCCAGAGGCAGUGAGGAAGCAAAAGGUGAAGCAAUCUGCUCAACCUACUGCAGAAGAGGACGAAGCGAUAGCCGAGGGUGUUGAUGAAAAAGAACUAGAAGAAAUAAGAGCUCGCCUCGAUAAAGUUAGGUCCUAGUUCCAAUUUUUCUACUGUUCCACACUUUGAGAGCGCAAGAGGCGGGGAAAGGAGGGGUAAACUCUAUUUAGCCUAACGUGGGAGGACUGCAGGUUCCCUUUACUGUAUUCUGAUUGAUGUAGAGGAGAUCCUAUAUAACACUUAACGGGUGAUGAAACAUGGUGUGAUGGUGUAUAAAUAUGCGAGUUAUGUAUAAACUUGAGCUCAUGGUGAAUAUUGGGCAUGUAAGUCAGACAAAUUUACGAUAUCAUGCAUCACUCAAGCCGGAGCUUCUAUUCUUUCAA